AUGUCUAAGCAUCAUCAAGUUGUGAAAAGAUCCUUAAAUGAUGCUGUGAUGAAUUCAAAUCAUGUUGCUGCUGGAACAGGUAUUGAAGGAUCAGACUCGAAUCAACUCUGGGAUCCUUCUGGAAUCUUUGUCGAUGUGAACUUGGAUUUAUAUGUGGCAGAUUGUUUAAAUGAUCGAGUUCAGCUAUUUCUGUUUGGAAAAUCAAAUGGCAUCACAGUAGCUGGAUAUACAUCACUAAAUCCAACAAUUACACUUGAUUGUCCAAGUGGAAUUAUAUUAGACGCUGAGAAAUAUUUAUUCAUUGUAGAUCAGGACAAUCAUCGCAUUGCUGGUUCAAGCUUAAAUGGUUUUCGAUGUUUAGUUGGAUGUUAUGGAGGGGGUUCACAAUCCAAUCAACUGAUAUACCCAUUUAGUUUGAGUUUUGAUCAUUCUGGAAACAUGUUUGUUACUGAUACAUCAAAUCAUCGAAUUCAAAAGUUUUUAUUGAUGAAAGAUUCUUUUGCUGUUUCAUACAAUCAGCCAAAGUUUUGCCCAACUGCCGCUUGGAAUUCCAAUGGAAUUACCAUUGCUAAUCAAUCGAUUGUUUCUCUUAUAUCUAUCGCCAUUUUUGUAAACACAAAUAACACAAUUUAUGUACCUAAUCAAGAAAAAAAAACAAUUGUAAUGUGGGAAGAAGAGAGUGUCAAUCCAACAAAGAUUAUUCACGGUAAUUUUACACUCUCCUUUUCCCUCUUCGUGACAUCAAAUGGUGAUAUUUAUAUUGAUGAUGGUCAGAAGCAUGGUCGAGUGCAGAAAUGGAUGCCAGAAAAAAAUACCUUUGUCACGGUGAUGAAUGUCAACUCGUCGUGCUGGGGUUUAUUUGUUGAUAUCAAUAACACUCUUUAUUGUUCAAUGCGUAUUCAUAAUCUAGUAGUGAAAAGAUCGUUGAAUAACUCUGCGAUGGUUUCAGAUCAUGUUGCUGCUGGAACAGGCAUUGGAGGAUCAGACUCGAAUCAACUCAGAAGUCCUUCUGGAAUCUUUGUCGAUGUGAACUUGGAUUUAUAUGUGGCAGAUUGUUACAAUAAUCGUAUUCAGUUGUUUCAGUCAGGAGAAUCAAAUGGUAUCAUAGCAGCUGGAAGUGAAUCACUAAAUCCAACAAUUACACUUUAUUGGCCAAGUGGAAUUAUACUAGAUGCUGAGAAAUAUUUAUUCAUUGUAGAUCAAAAUAAUCAUCGAAUUAUUGGUUCAGGAUUGAAUGGUUUUCGAUGUUUAGUUGGAUGUUAUGGAAAGGGUUCACAAUCCAAUCAAUUGACCAGUCCAUUUAGUUUGAGUUUUGAUCGUUUCGGAAACGUGUUUGUUAGUGAUCAAUCAAAUUAUCGAAUUCAAAAAUUUCAAUAUUUCGAAGAAUCUUGUAAUAAAUUUAUUGAAUCUAUCGGUAAAAAACACAUUUUACCAAGUAAAAAAUAUAUUUUAGCAAGUAAAAAACAUAAAGUUGAUAAGUAA